UUGGUUGUCAAGAGAAGACUGUCAAACAAAACAAAAUGUCAGCUCCGAACCAGUCGAUCAGCCGUAUUUUUUAUCAAAUAAACAUUAGUAAUUUAUCCUAGAAUUGAUAAGAUCCAUAAUUGAAUAUGAUUUGUAACAAGUAGGGUCUUAAUUGAUAGAACAUGUAAGUGGGUGUGAGUAUUUAGAUUAACGAACCGUUCCAAAGAAGUACUUUGUGUCGUAAGAUUUUUUCGAUAAUUAAAACUGCCCCGAUGCCUGUAAGCUUUAAAAACGGAAAGACAACAUGUAUGACAUGUUGUCAGAGUUUCGAGUGUCGGAAUUUGAUUCAUUCGUGGAUAUAUUGAGAUUGACUCCUGGUGAUCCUCUGAAUACAUUUGGUGAAAUGUGGUACCCUGUGUUCCUGUGGUCUUUGUUCUCGUCAGUGUUUGUGCAUACGUGUGCGGCACUAGUUGCGUUCGGAACGCUGAGGAAGCACAAGUAUGGGAAGUUCUUCCCGGUGUUGUUAAUAGUGAUGGGUGUCGUGACUCCAGUGACUUCAGGUGUGGCGACCAGUGCCGCGAUCGCGUUCAUAUACCGAGCCGCUACGUUAACUAUGCCUCCUAUACAUGCCAUGAUCUGGGGAAUUGGACAAACUGUGCUUGGAGCUGGGAUGGGUUUCACAAGGAUUUUGGCUACUUUGUAAUAAUGAUAACUAGUUUUAUUUAGCUAAUUACAUCACUAUAUAUUUAUGAACUAUAUAAUUUAUUAUAAAUCCAAUAAAUUCUGAGUCAAUUAACAUAGAAUAUAGAAUGGGAAUGUAGUGAAAGGAAAGGUGCUGAAUGUUAAUGCAUUAAUUUCCUUGAAUAGUGGAACAGGUUGACUGGCUGUCAAGGUUCCCCCUAUAGUGAAUACUCAUUAGCUAUCUGAUGUAAAUAUAUAAUCAUUGAUAUAUGUAGCGGCAUAUAAUACACAAUGUGCUUAAUUUUUGUAUGAACUAUCAAGUCUUGCAUAUUUGUAUAAUAUAGUAAAGAGACCUAGGAAGUUCAUUAUAAAUAUGACUAUGCAAUAAAAUAAUGAAUUGUUUUAGAAUGUAAAUAUGUGCCUACCUAUAAAAUAUAAUGACUGAUGUUUCACAAAGAAUACAUAUUUCUAGUAUUAGUUUUUCUACUUAAAAUCAUAUAGAAACAAUGGUAUUGUUCAAUGAAUCCUAAAUUUCAUUAUAUUUUAAUUAUCUUGAAUGUAUUGUGAUAAGUUGUAUACCUGAUCCUACAUUUUCAUUUUAAUCAUAAAAUAUGCAUUCCAUGUUAAAAUUGUAUGAAAAAAUAAUUAUUAGCAUUGACAUUGUCAUUGAUUGUAUUAAAAAUUUAUUAUUAUUUGACUAUUUUUGCUCAUUGCUUGACACUUGAGACUUAUUGGGCCCACCGACAUACCACAAUGAACAUAAUGCCAGCAUUAGUUUGAGUGUAGCUUAAUCGUGUCAUUAGGGAUGAAAUCUCCUAAUUCUAAUUGAAAUCAAUUGUCAUUACACUCAUAUCUGGUUUUGUACUUAUGUUUGUGUACAUAAUAGUUCCCUAAUUUGUCAGUGUAUAAUUUUUCUAUAAGUACAAUCUGAAAUGUGUUUUAUUAUCUCAUAACUAGGGCCACAAAAGACCUUUAUUUACCUAUUUGACAAUGUACAAUGUUUACUAUUCACAAUAAUAAAAGAAAUUAUAUUUUAAUUUAUUUAUAGUAGUAAUUAAUUAAUUUGUAAUCAAUUGGAUGAAGAUUUAAAUUAUAUUUUCUUUAUUGACAUUAUUUAUUUACCUAUUACAAUUUGAUAUUCAUAAUCUUUAUUAAUAAUGUUAAAUGGAGCAUGGUGAUACUUUUAAUUUUAAUGUUUCUGUGGUUUUGGGGUUUUAUCAAGUGGUGUGAGGAAUAUUGUAUAACUAUUAUCAAUGUUGGAUAAAUGUGACCCGAUUAAUACAGUUUCUAUGCAGCAAGUGCAUGUAUAUAACAGUUACAACAUUAUAAACAAUUUCAGACUCAAAUACCUUGUAAUUAGAAAGCCAUAAUGUUCAAUUUUGACUGUCAAAACCACAGUAUCACCAUGUAAAAUGGAUGUUAAAAUAUUAUUUUUUCACAAUUUUGUACUUAUCAUGUACAAUAUAAAAAUAUCACGUUUGUAGAAGCAAAACUAUAAAAAAUGCAAAGCUAGUGUGAUCAUGUUGUAAAUAGAUAUAAAUGUAGAGAAACAUUUGAAAAAAGGGAAAUCAUUUUCCAUAUUUCAACAUUAUCCAAAGGAAAUAAAUGGUUUGGAUAUUA